AUGACUGGCGGAGCGAGGAAUCGGAGUGCAAAAAGGCGGAUGGUCGUCGGGCCAACAACGUCGCCUAGGCGAUUCCCAAGACAACCGUCGUCAAGCGUUUGGCAGCAGCCCCUUCGUAGUUUGUCGCCAACUUCCUUCCCGACCGACUCAAUCGCCUCAUCUUUGGAAGGAUGAGGAGGAGUAAGUCUGCGCGGUCCGGAGAAGAAGCGAGGCGGACAUGGCGAAGGCGUUCAGAAAGUAGCGUGCUUCUUAUUGCUGGAACCAGCCUUAGUGAGGCUGGAACCUUGGUUUGGGACAGAUGAAGUCCAAUAAGUCUGCAGUCUUGAAUGAGAAUGGAGCAAGUCUAGCAUCGCCAAAAAGUUCAGAACGAACUGCAUAGACUAGAACUUAAGUUUUGACCGUAUAGUACAAGUCUCAGAGGAGAAGAAGUGAUUCCGUAGUUUUCCAGAAGGAUGGAGUUGUAGAAGACUCUCAGAAAACGAGGAAGUCUGCAGUCUUGAAUGAGAAGGAGCAAGACUAGCUUCGCCAAGAAGUUCAGAUCAAACUAGCCUGAAAAGAACUAGAACUUGAGUCUUGACCGUAUACAAGUGUCAGAUGAGAAGAAGUAAUCGUUUUUAAAAGGAUGGAAGUUCAGAAGACUUUCAGAAAAGUGUCACGUCUCUACUGGCUGGACAUCACUAGUCCUAGUGAGACUGGAACCUUGAAGGUAGAGGAAAACAAGGAGGUCUGCAGUCUUGAGUGAAAAAGAAACAAGUCUAGCAUCGCCAAGAAGUUCAGAACAAACUGAUCUGAAAAUAACUAUAACUGGAAAGGCUAGAACUUGACUCAGGAAAGUUCAGGUUUCAGAGGAGAAGAAAUGAUUCCGUCGUCUUACAGAAGGAUGGAAGUAGAAGAUUUUCAGAAAAUUAUUAUGCCUCUUCUGGCAGAAGAUCACUAGCAUUAGUGAGACUAUAAAUCCGGUUUUGGUCAAGAGGAAAGCGAAAAAGUCUGCAGUCUUGAAUGAGAAGGAGCAAGUUCAACAUUACCAAGACGUUCAGAAGAGGAUCAAUCAAUCAAAAUCAAGGAUGAUAAAAAAUUUCGGAAGCACUUGACAAAUAUGACUUUCUGAAAGCCAAGAUCUAAUGCAAUGGGCGGUUUUGCCUCUGUUUGAGAAUUUCAAGACGGACGGAGGUCAGGAGUUUCUCAUCCUGCUGCAAGGAUUCCACUGAAAGGUUUUCAGACUGAUCAAGGUCAAGCUCAUAAUCGAAGAUCAAGGACGAGCUCGAAGAGAAGAUGAGCAAGUUUUAUGAAGUGGUAGAAAUAACUCGGAUCAAGUCUGUCGUCACAAAAAAGUAAAGGAUAUGAGGCUUCCAAGGGAAAUUUCUGGAGUCCGGUAAGACUAGGAAAAGUAGAACUUGAAACGGAAGUAGAUAAGGAGCAGCGGAGAGCAGCAAGUCUAGCAAAGCAAAGGUAUCAAGGAUAUGAUACCAAAAAUAUAUAGAUAUCAAUUGUAGAAGAAGGCUCAAGUUUAUGUUAAAAAAAGGAAACUCACUUGAAACUUGACGUGAAGGUUCAGCCUCUCGAGGAAUAUCAGAAAUUUUGAGAAGGAUCAGUCCCUUUUUGAAGGCGGAUACUCAAUUACAGUUUAGAAUAGAUAGGAAUUAAUUUGAAGGUGAUCAGAAAUUUGAAUACCUAAAGCUCCGUAGAAGCCGUCAAGCUUCGAAAAAAGUCCAGCUCGUAAAAUUAUAUAAUCGUCAAUUUUCCAAAGCUUGAACAUACUUCGGAUUCAGAACCGAUUUCAGAAAAAGAGCUCCGAAAAAUACUUUGAAGUUCUUCACAAUGGAGGGUUGCUUCAAAGCCUUCCAGAAGAACGAAAUUUUUCAAAAAGCAUGACUCUAGUUUGUCUUAGAAGACGUCAGCUUCAAGGAGUCCAACUUUACCAGAAGAAGAAAGCUCCUUCAAGGAGUACGGCUUCGGAUAUUCUCAGGAAACAUCUUUUGAGAAGACGUCGAAAAUCUACGAAGCGGUACUCCCAGAAUGCGCUUUGGGUCUCGUUUGAAGACGUCGGUUGACUCCGCAGAACGGCUACAGACGCCUUGAGGAGAUGUCAGACAGCUUUCUUUCUCAAAAGGCGUUGAGGACAUCUGGAACAAUUCGGUAGGCGUCAAGAAGAGACGGAGCUUUGACUUCAGAAUCUUCUCCAAGAAGGCUCGACCUCGCAAAAAUGCUCUGAAGUUCUUCAGAAGGCGUCAGAAACUUCUUUCAAGGAGAAUGGCUUUUGAACUUUUCAGAAGACGACCUAGAUCUCUAGAGGCAACAGAAGACGUCAGAAAUCUAGACUUGUCUCCACAACAAGUCUUCUCGAGGAGUACGGCUGCAAGGUCACUCAGAAGUUUUCAGAAAGCUCCGUCAAGGAGUUCGGCUUCUUCGAAGUCGUGGUGAAUCAACAGUCCAGCUAUCAGAGGCGUCGAACCGAAGGUGGGAUGGAAACAGAAAAAUGAGGCAUUCCUGUUGGGAUCGCCUUAGCAACUGGCGGAGCCGGUUGUCUUGGUACCCGAGGCACGAUAUUGCCCUUCAUCCCUUUGCUUAUCAUCCACGCGUUGCCGGUUUUGUCGUCGACGCCUUGGAUACGGCGGAGACCCACCCGCCUCUCUGUUUUUUCUCUCGUUUCUUUCUCUUUUUGUUCUGAUUUGAACAGAAUGAAGAAUGAGGCUUGAGGGAGUGGAUGGUACUGGGAGGUCCUUAAAAAAUCUGAAGUGACCUCUUGAGAGGUGCGCCAAGUGGUCACAUAAAAGACGCUUCUUUCGGUCCUUACUGGGACUGGAGAUACCACAAGAAAGGGAAGAGAGGCUUGAGAAUGUGGACGCUACUGGGAGGAGCUGUAAAGGUUUGGGGUGACCACUUGAGAGGUGCGCAAAGUGGUCACUUAAAAGACGCUUCUUUCGGUCCUUACUGGGACUGGAGAUACCACAAGAAAGGGAAGAGAGGCUUGAGAAUGUGGACGCUACUGGGAGGAGCUGUAAAGGUUUGGGGUGACCACUUGAGAGGUGCGCAAAGUGGUCACUUAAAAGACGCUUCUUUCGGUCCUUACUGGGACUGGAGAUACCACAAGAAAGGGAAGAGAGGCUUGAGAAUGGGGACGGUACUGGAAUUAGCUCGGAAUGUCUGGAGGGACCUCUUGAGAGGUGCGUCAAGCGGUCGCUUAAAAGGCGCGUCUUUUAGGUUCUUACUUGGACUGGAGAUACCACAAGAAAGGGAAGAAAGGCUUGAGAAUGUGGACCGUCUGA